UGUCCAACCGUCCAAAGAAAAUAAAUCACCAAAAAAGUCGAAUGAAAGCAACAACGAUGAAAUGGAAAAUCCAACAACUUCAUCUUCUUUAACUGAAAAACCAAAAUCGCCUGAAAAGACCAGAAAGCCCGGAAGACCUCCAAAACGAAAAAAUGAGGAAGAAGAGGUGCCUAAGAAGAAAGAGACGAAAAAUAAAAAAUCUGAUGAUAAGGUGACUGUGAGGAAGAAGAGACGUAAAAUAACUGAGGUACUCCAAGAAGAAGCUCGUGAACAAGUUUUUCGUGGCUCGAAGGAUCCAGACAGUGAAGCUUUGGCUCUUGCAUUAAAAGUAUUACCUCCAACACUCUCUCAAGUCAAAACUCGUUCUAAAACUCUUUCUUCUGUUAAUUCGUUAAAAGCUUUGACUUGGAAGGAUCAAAGGGAUUAUUCUCCAACCACGACUGUUUCGUCUUCAGCUUUGAUUUUGUAUAAAAAGGAUGAAAAUAAGAAGAAAGAUGACUUGACUGAAACAAAGAUGAAUACGAGAUCAAAAACUAAUGCGCCUUCAACUAGCGAAGCUCUUGGUCCUUCUCAAAAGCCAACAACAACUUCCACUAAAGCCAUUCCAUUGCCUGAUGUUCCAAAUGAAAAUGUUACAAUUCCUAAUGUAAAUCGCGAUGCUGUUAGUGUUACAAAAUCUGUUCGAGUCCAUAGUAAACAAAUCCCUACAAAUCCUCGUUGGCAUGAAUUUCCUACAGUUAUGGAAGAAGCUAUCGAUCAAGUAUUGAAUUCUCAUACUUUUAAAGCUGGCACCCAAAUUGAAAUGCGUUCAGGAAUUUUGGACAUUAUUUUAUUUGGAGUUACCGCUGUAAAAGCGUCAAAUGAUCGCAAGUUGGGUGUAGGAUCUGUCCGAAGAUAUUGUAGAGAUGUAAAGAUUCUUCUGGAAAGUGUUUUGGGUAAUGAUGUGGCGGAUGAAGAAUUUUUUGAAAAUUUGGAAGAUAAGGAGAAUAUAACGAUUGCUGGAUUGAAGGAGGCGAUUAAGGAGUACAAAAAGGAGAACAUCAUUGAUGCAACGACUACAAACUCCAAAGAAUUAAAGGAGACUGAUUUGGAUAAAUCUAAAUCUGUGUUAAAAAAGCGUCCACCUCCAAUUCAGGCAAACAAAGUAAAGGGUUAUAAUCCUCAACAACAAAAACGACAACGUCAAGACGAUUCUUCUGUUGAUACAAUUAUUAUUCCUCCUCCUCCACCAAAUAAUGUUGUUGCAAUAACUCCUCGAAGGAAUUCAUUACCUACCAAUAAUAAUCAACAAAAUAAGCACCAAGGAAUGCCCCCAAUUAAUUGGGGUAGAACUAAACCACCAACAAAAAUUGCAACAAACCAAAACAUAAUCAACAACAAUCAAAAUCAAUUUGGUGAGUCUUUAGCAUUUAUUGUUGGAAUCUCAAUAAUUUUAACAAUUUUUUUAUUUUUUUCUUCCCGUACAAUUUUUGUAAUUUUGUUUGGAUAUUUUUUGUUGUCCUUUUAUUUACGUACAAUUUAACUUGAGAGGGAGAAAAUAUAGGGGUGUCACGGGGUGAUUUAAAAAAGUCAGGAGAUUUCGAGUCGAAUUUUCCAACUUUCUUUCGGAUCGGAUUUCGGGCCAAAAAUUAUUCGAGUGGGUCAGGACUGUGGGAUCUAGGGAUUAAAAGGGUAAUUCAGAGAAAGAAUGUCGGGUCUGGUUUUCAGAAAUUUUCUUCUGGUGGGGUAAAAAGUCUAGGGUUUGUGGUAACGCGUCGAGUCAGUACUGAGGAUUUGUGGGAUUUAGAUGG